CUUCUUUUCAAGCUCAAGCAGCAUAACAGCACUCUAUGUUUCUAUAGAAACUCAUUUAAACAUUUUAUUGUGUGAUUUUAAAAAGGCACCGUCGUAACGUAACACAAAGCUGACAAAGAAGAAAAAGAGAUGAAAAUUUAAAGGACCCAUUUUCUUUCUUUAAAGAAUGAUACGCCGAGGCUUAUUUCAACUGAUACAAAAGACUUAUUUCUCAACUACUGCUCCUCGACUUCACUUAGCACAGGCAAAAAAGCGCUUACAAGGCACAGGCAACACUCCACAGCGAGCAGGCAUUGCGAAUGACAAGCAAGUUUACCUCGACUGGAAUGCACAAAAGACAAGUGUCUAUCAUCAUUUUUGGCUUAGAGACCACUGUCGCUGCGAAAAAUGCUAUCAUCCAAUAACCCGCCAACGAUUGGUGAAUACAUUCGAUAUUCCCAGAGAUAUUCAUCCCAUCUCUGUCGAGAGUACUGAAGCUGGCCUUCAAGUAACUUGGCCUGAUGGCCAUCAAAGCACUUAUGCGUGGGAUUGGCUCUACACUCACUCUUAUAGCCCUAUUCUUCGAGCAUCCGAUCCUCUUGAGGGCAAACGACCUAGACUUUGGGACGCUAGUCUCAAACUGAAUGCUGUGCCUCAUGAGGCCGUUAUGAACACAGACGAAGGACUUAGACAAUGGCUGGAUCAACUCGAGACAUACGGUAUUGCCUUUGUAGAAGGUGUGCCAACAACAGUAGAAGCAACAGAGGCCCUGGCUCGCCGCAUCUGUUUCCUCAGAGAAACACACUAUUCCGAAGGCAUCUGGUCCUUUACUGCGGACUUGGCACACGCAGACACAGCCUACACGACACUCGCACUGGGUGCACACACUGACAACACCUAUUUCACUGAACCUUCGGGCUUACAAAUGUUUCACAAACUAGAAUUUAAUGGCAAGGGAGGUGAUUCUUUAUUUGUGGAUGGGUUUCAUGUCGCAAAGCAACUCAAGGAAAGAUCACCUAAUGCUUACCAAACGCUGUCCAAGACGCUGAUACCAACUCACUCGGCAGGCGAUGAAAAUGUCCUUAUUGCACCUACCCCUCGUGCCUUUCCUAUCCUCAACCACGGUCCUGAUGGUGAUCUAUAUCAGAUCAGAUAUAAUAACGACGAUCGAUCUACCAUGAAUCACUUGAGUAGUAGUCAGUUAGAUGAAUUUUACGAUGCUUUAUUUAUGUGGCAUAAACUAUUGACGUCCGCAAAGAACGAGUUAUGGGAUAGUCUGCCCCCUGGACGUGUGGUCACGUUCGAUAACUGGCGAGUUUUGCAUGGACGUAGUGCAUUCACUGGACAUCGACGUAUAUGUGGUGCCUAUCUCCCUUGGGAUGAUUAUAAGAGCAGAUGUCGAACUAUGAGACUAUCGUCUGUAGAUAAAGAUAGAAUAUUAUAAACAUUAUUGUUACAUUAGAUAAAACUUUUUUUGCUUUGUAAUGAAAUUAAAAGGAGUUUUACUCUCCCUUCUUAGACAAUU